AUGGGCGCGAGUUUCUGGCUUCUGCUGCUUGCCUGCCUAGCAGCUUGUGCAAGCUUGGCAAUCGCACAGGACCCGAUGUGCGCGGACAGGACCAUGAAAGGGACCUGCGGGCUAUCCUCGCAUGUUUUUGUUCACUGGGGGGAGGAUGGUACUUCGGCGAGCUCCUCUGAGGGCGGCAGCACUCCUGCAUGUUGUGGCAGCGACGACUCGGAGUGUCUAUCAGGCGGCGACAAGGAAGGAGUAAUACCGCACGUUCCCGUCACCCUCCCGGCACCGCCGUGGACCCGGCCCCUGCCACGUGCCGACUAUCUGCACCAUCUGUCACAGCAGCAGCACUCAGGCGCUCUGCUCGACCCGAAUCAAAUAGCGACAGCAGUAGCAGUAGCAGCCCAACCCAGCCACAAGACCCUUCUGUACCCCUUCUCAUGCACCGGCGUGCGGCUGCCGCUGCCGCAGCCGUGCCAGCCGCUGUCUCUCCAUGGGGGUAUCCGGAUGUACGGCAAGCACGCUGCCACUUACGCUGAGACAGACGAAGCGGCGGCAGCAGCACCUGACGUACCAGCAGGAGGGGUCUCCCUUUCCAGCCGUCCCCGCCACACUGCCCCGCUGCCGCACCUGGGCGUCGCGGCGGGGCCGGGGGCAGUGAAGGCGGGGGAACUGCUCACUGCAGAGGAGUAUCGGCAGCGCCACGGCGUUGUAGUGGAGGACCCGGAGCACCCCGGCAGUGUUGCAAACAUCCCUGAGCCUUUCCAAGCGUUUCGUGACGCGCCCUUUCCCCCCGCAGUCAUGGAUGUGCUUCAUUCGGCCCGUUACGGCGAACCCAGCCCCAUCCAGGCCCAGGCCUGGCCCAUCGCCCUGGCGGGUCGCGACCUGGUGGCCAUUGCCUCAACAGGCUCGGGCAAGACGUUGGGGUUCCUGCUGCCCGCGCUCCUGCACAUCCAGGCAAGCGAGGCAGCAACGGGAGACGGGUGGGAGGCACGCGGUUGCGACCCCGCGCUGGGCCCGACUGCUGUCGUACUGGCACCCACUCGCGAACUGGCUCGGCAGAUCGAGGCGGAGGCCCGUCGCUUUUCACAUGUGGUGGUCAGCAGCGGCCCUCAGCAGCAGCAGCAGCGGCCGCCGCCGUCAUCGGGUCGCUUCGGCCGGCAGCAUCGAUGGGGCCACCGGGGCGAGGUGGAGGGGGGUCUGCGCAGCGCGUGUGUGUAUGGCGGUGCGGCACGUGGGGGGCAGCUGGAGGAGCUCAGGCGGCUCCCUCACCUGCUGAUUGCCACGCCGGGUCGGCUCCUGGACUUCAUUGAGGCGGGCGACAUCCGAAUGAAGCAGGUGUCGUACCUCGUAUUGGACGAAGCCGACCGGAUGUUGGACAUGGGCUUUGAAGAGCAGAUCGCGGAAGUGUCCCGGUACAUGUCGGCAGAUCGGCAGACGCUGUUUUUCUCGGCUACCUGGCCCAGUGACGUGAGACAGGCGGCGGCGGCCUUUACUAAACGACGAGCGGUGCGGCUCUUUAUCGGCGAUGUUCAGUCCAAGCCGGUCGCUGCAGCCACCAUCACGCAGCGUGUACAGGUGGUAGAUGGGGCUGACAAGCUGGAUGCGCUGGAGGCGUACUUGCGAGAGCAGUUUGCGAAGGGCGAUGAGCAGUCCGACGGGGAGGAAUCGGAGGCCGGUGGAGGUGGCCAGGGCCGGGGCGGCGAGGGCCGGCGGGUGCGGCGUGCCAUUGUGUUUUGCGAAACGAAGGCCGGCUGCGACCACUUGACGCACAACAUCAACAACACCAUGCCCUUCCAAGCCGCCAGCUUGCACGGCGAUAAGUCCCAGGCUGCCCGCGACUACGCACUGGCCAAGUUCAAGGCGGGUCGGGUACCUGUGCUUGUGGCCACCGACGUAGCGGCAAGAGGACUGGACAUCCCGCAUGUGACAUGCGUUGUCAACUACGACAUGCCGCAGGACAUUGAGAUGUACGUCCACAGAAUCGGCCGUACGGGGCGUGCAGGCGCGAAAGGAAACUCGCUGGCGCUAGUGAACCGUUCCCGCGACGGAGGCGUUGCGAGGUCGUUGUUGGAGGUAUUGGAGGGGGCGGGCCAGGAGGUGCCUGCGGAGCUGCGGCGGAUGGCGGACAGGUCGAGGGCGCAGGGCGGCUACACGGGACAGCGGCGGGGCGGCAGUUGGUCGCGGCAAGGAGGCAGGGGUGGGGGUUGGGGCGGGGCCGGGGGUGGUUUCGGUGGGCGGGGGCGCCGGGAGGGCGGGUCGAAAUUUCGAGAAGGCGGAAGGGAAUACCGAGACAGGGAGAAGGAAUCGCGGGACGGGGACUGGGACGAGGAAGAGUCCCACGGGUCUCGGCGGCAUCAUGCAGAUGGCUGGAGGUCGGCUGGUGCUCGUCCGAGCCGCUCCUCGGGCGAGUUCUCACGAUGGUGAAAGGAUUAGGGGAGACAUCGCUACCGGGCAAAGAAGUUACACAGUCAUCGGACGCAUGGUAGGGAUCCUACACCUCUCACCGGGGCCUAGCCGCGCUUGUGUCGUUCCAUGGCAAAGGGUUCAACGGCUAGAGUUAUUUUCGUGUGCAUGGUAGUGUACUGGUACUUCCUUGGCAUAUAGCGUUAGGGGUGCGCGAUGCAGGUGUAACUGCAUGGCCGGAGUUGAAGGGUGUUCGGUUAUUACAGGGGGUUAUUUUUGUGCAAACCAUGGAAUUGCCCAUUGUUUUCCUGAUGAUGCGUUCUCAAAGCAGCACGAUGUUGGCCUGCCUGUUAGGUUGUGAACCGUGUCCGUACUGUCGAGGAUGUACCCUACUAGGCCCUCGAUGCUGAAACAUAAUGUAUUCUUUAUUUAGGGGGCUAGGAGUCUGCAGUGGAAACUUUACAUCACAAGGGCUCUCAAAUUGUCCCUCACCUCUCUACGUUACUCAGGCUCGCAAUAGUUUUGCUCAGUUAAAACAAAGUAUUUAAAUAAUCGAAAUGGCUACGUGUAAGCGUGUGUCCACCGAA